AUCGCGUCCCUUCCCGUCACGUGGUCGAGCGUUUCCGCGUCCGGUGUGCGCGAUGUCCUGUGCGAGAGUCAGCGAGAGGCCGUGUGCGCAAGGCAUUAUACGUAAGACCGCCACGCACGACGCACACCGUGGGCUCCGCUGUAUAUAUAUCCCGCUCGCCAUUACGGCAUGAUACUCGAAUCGAUCAGGCGAGGUCUGUAGCCAACGAUAUUAACGAUACUCCUCGCGGACGAACGGUACGAAAGUCGAUAUCGCAUCGUCGCAGGUAAGUCGAUAGCUGAUCGCGCCGAGGCCAUCGCCGCGUUCGACACACGCGAGGGAUUGAAUUGAACUUCGAUAGCGCGAAGGAGCACGUUUGACGGCGGUGAGACACGAGGGGAGGGAAUAAAUCGGAGCGUGUGCGUAGCCGCGCGGCGAACGGCCGGGCAUUCUCGCCACGUCCCGGCGCGCGGGACGACCGACGCGCGAUGCGUCCCCGCGUGGCGUCGGGCCUCGUGGCGUCUCCGCUUUUCUGAGACCGCUGCCGGACACGCGGUGAAUGCCGAGAACCGUAGAGACGAUCGUAUACAUGCGGGCAGCGCCGAUCGCGCGCCGAUCCGACCGGAGUUGACCGCUAUGGAAAACAAACAGGCGCUGGCGAACGGCACGGCGAAGCCGGGUACGUCGGAGGACACGAAGGACUCGAAGAACGAGAUACAAAUGGUACUGGCGAAAAUGAUGGAAGACAAGCGCACGUAUACGUACAAGAAACUGGUCGUGCCGCCGUCGAUGCGCAGCAUUUACUGGAAGUUCUUCGGCUUCCCAGCCACCGACGAGGGCGACAUUCUAACCAAAGUGAAGAUAGUCUGUAUACUGUGCAAAACGCAGAUCGCGUACAACCGCAACACGAGCAAUCUCCGCAUGCACUUGCAGAACAAGCACGCGCAGGAGCUGAUGGACCUCGAGGCGAACAGCCUGCCGUCGCCGAGGCAGGGUAUGCCCCAGGACGUUAAGGAGCGGAAGAUACAGAAGAAGGUACUCAAGAGCGGCCUGACUCCCACGAAAUACAUCUACACCACCAACGCGGACGGCACCGUGCAGAUCGACGGCGACAUACAAUUCGUUACGGACCCUAACAUAAGUCUGUCGAGCGUGGAGGACGACAUAACCAUCGGUCAGCCGCUUAGAGUCAUGAUCAAGGGCGGCUCCGUUAACAGUCAGAACGUGGCGUUCCUUAUGUCGGAGGAGAACGUGCCGGGCCAGUCGGUGGACGAUAAGACCGUGUCGGACGCUGUCGCCGAGUUCAUAAUAAUGGACCUGCAGCUACCCGAGAUUGUGGAGGGACACGGGUUUCAGAGGCUAGUGGCCACCCUGCGCUCGCCCUGCGAGAUCCCGAACAAGAAUAAGCUCGAGGAAGAGAUAAUACCGCGGAUAUACGACAACUUCCGGGAGUCGGUUAUGACUUCUCUGUCCUGCGUCGCGUCGGAGGUUGCGCUUACCUUCGAGGAGUGGCGGUCCAAUAAUGGCGAGAGCUUCGUCACCUUCUCGGUGUACUAUCAGAAUAUGGAGGAGGCAACACUGGAGUGCAAAGUGCUGAGCACCUUCCACGCGCCCUUGGAUUGGGAGGAGGCUCACUGGGACAGCACUAUAAACUCCCUGUUUGUCGAAUGGAACAUCAAGCCAGACAGAAUAACUGCAGUGGUUAUUAGCACCUCGAGGAAGGGCUUGCACGCUGCACUGGCUAGCCGCAAUCUGAUUGUAGUACCUUGUUUGCUGCAUACCCUGCAGGUGUGCGCGCAGGCUUGCUUCGAGAACCCUGAAGUGUCCAGCAUGUUAUCCAAGUGCAGAUCGGUCAUCGGGACUGUCAUAAGCCAUCCAGCCGCGCUAGCGACAUUGACUAUGCAAGAACAAUUGUCAGAGUUGGAUGAUACUAGUAUAUCGCUGGAUUAUCCAGCUGUGUGGAUAUCGACAUGCAUUAUGUUGGAACAAAUGCUUCCACGUCGCGACAUAAUCAUGUCGAUAUUAGAAAAUAUGGACGGCAUUGAUCAAGAGAUGUUCGAGAUCACCAACGAACAGUGGAUGAUCAUGGAGGACAUAGUGAACGUCCUCGAACCGUUCAAAGUGACCAUCAUGACUUUGAGCGAGGAGAAGAUGCCGCUGAUAUCUUUGCUGAAGCCAUUGCUUUGGCAACUGAAAUCAUCGCAUCUGAAAGCGAAAGAAGGGGACAGUGACACUGCCAGGAUUUUCAAGAAGUCCUUGGCAGACAUGUUGGAAGACCGAUAUUCUGACGAGAGUGUCAAGCUCCUUCAACAAAUUGCCACCGCCCUGGACCCUAGAUUUAAAUCAAUGCCAUAUGUCACUGAGGAAGACAAAAGUGUAGUUAGCACUCCUAUAAAGCAAAUGCUCACGGAAUUGAUUCAGGAAGAAUCUGGGGACAUCACCUUAAAGAUUGAAAAUGAGGAAGUACCAAGUAAAAAAUCUAAAGUCUCAGGUAUGGAGUUCUUACUUGGCAGCCUUUGCACCACAAAGUCUGGUAUGUCCGCGGAGGAGAAGGCAGAUCUCGAGAUUGUGCAAUAUCAGUCGGAGCCCACGGCACCUCUCAAUUGCUGUCCCCUGCAAUUUUGGGCGAAGGUGUCUGCAAAGUGUCCGAAUCUAGCGAAAUUAGUGAGCAGAUACCAUUGUGUGCCGGCCUGUUGUGCGCCGCCUUCGCGUAUCCCGCCGGACGUGCAGAUUCAAUACGAUAUAAAACGAGCGGACUUGCCACCUUCCUUGAUUGACAAAUUAACUUUUUUGCAUGGUAAUCAUACCAUGCAGGUGUGAAAGAAGUUUCUGAAGUUGCUAGGACAAUAAUACCUCGCUGGUAUAUAGGAUACUUAAAAAAAAUAGUGUUAAAUUUACUUGGAACAAUGCAAGUCUACGGUGAUGCGUAUACAAAUGAACUCUCUGUACGGCGAAGGUGUCUGCAAAGUGUCCGAAUCUAGCAAAAUUAGUGAGCAGAUAUCAUUGUGUGCCUGCCUGUUGUGCGCCGCCUACGCGUAUCCCGCCGGACGUACAGAUUCAAUACAAUAUAAAACGAGCGAACUUGCCACCUUUCUUGAUGAAUAAAUUAACUUUUUGGCAUGGUAAUCAUACCACGCAGGUGUGAAAGAAGUUACUGAAGCUGCUGGGACAAUAAUACCUCGCUGGUAUAUAGGAUACUUAAAAAAAACAGUGUUGAAUUUACUUGGAACAAUGCAAGUCUAAGGUGAUACGUAUGCAAAUAUUCUAGUAUGUCUGUCUUUCAUUGUGUGUACAGUGUUCGUAUUACGUAUUUGAAGCACAGAAAAUAUCAAUUUUAUUUUUGGAAUGCGUCAUUUCUAAGGAUUUGAUGUAAGAACAAUUAGUUGUCAUCAAGUAAAUAAAAAGAGAGAGUGCGAGCUCCAUUAAUAUAAUACUGUGUUCGUUAAAUGCACAAUUUAUAAAUAAUAGAAGUUGACAUAAGGAAGAUUUUUCAAGCAUGGAAGAGCCGUGUAAACUGUUUUUACAUAAAAUUCUAAAAUUUCUUUAAAAAAAUAUAUAAUAGAUAUAUAGACUUUUAUUCUCGCCUUUCGCAAUGAGAAGUAUUUAGGUCACAUCUCAGAACUCCGAUAAAAAUAUGACCGCUCUAUUUUAGCAAAACAUGAAUAUUUUAAUAUGGCGAAUUCACGAAACUGCGAAAAAAUUGUGAGACUGAAUGUUUGUGUGAGCUAUUCUGAAGUGAGAAAUGUGUAUAGUAAAUUAAGUUAUUAUAACUAGUAAUACUAAUUAUUUUAUUUCGUGUUACGAUAUAAUAUUGCCAGACUGUGUGAUAAAUUUAAUGUAUUUCUUACGUAAUCGGGUAAAAAAUUUUGACUUAUCUCUACCGCAAUAGAUACCAAAAAUAUAUGCUUCAGGUGGAUCUAACGUCGUGUAAUUACUUGUUUGUACAUUUUCUGUGUAUUGUGAUCACCAAAUAUUCAAUUGUAUGAUCAAAAUUGGUUCCUGGUCAUCGGAAAAUAAGCAAAAUAAUAUAGAAAGUUGGAAUAUAAAUAUAUAUAUGUAUAUAUACAUACAUUGAUAUAUACAUAUACAGAUACAUAUAUAAAAGUAUAUAUGUAUAUAUAUAUUUCAUGAUUUACGUAAAGACACGCUCUGUGCGAUCAAUUUUGUAUGAACAAUUGGUAUACGAUAAUGCACAUAACAGUUACUUUAGGCGAUUGUUUGGUACAUAUGUGUACUAAAGUGUAUUAGAGUGUACACUCGGCGUCAUGAAAGCUUUUCCCCAUGAAAAUACAGUUCGAUAUGUUCCGAUAGAAAAAUUCAUUUUUUAAAAAAUAACUUUUCUGAUUGGGUAUCUCUUUAGCAUUUUUCUUCAAGUGUAAAGGUAUUCAUGACGCUGAGUGUACACUCUGCUAUACUUUGGUGUAUGUACCAGUCGUAAAAAAUCACCCUUUGUAAUAAAUUUAUAUAUUUUUUCUCCAAUUUGAAUGAUUAUCUUGGAUAUAUUAACAAUUUGUAUAUAUAGCAAAAAUAGCACGAAAAUAAUUAGAACAAAGGUCAAUCUGAGAGUAUGGAGUGAUGGUUUAUUUAUCAUUAAUAUGUGUGUUGGCACGAUCGAGGUUCAAUAAUGUAAAAUUAUCACGUGAUCUCAAAGAUAUAUAUACGUACCUGUAUAUAUAAAGAUACUUUGUAAUAAAGGCUUUUUUACGCAA